ACCGUUCCAGGAUGAACCUCACCCUGCUCGAUCGCAACUUCACCGCCAACGCGUCCUUCGACUGCGACGCGUCCUCGAUCGUCCCCGAGGGGAUCGCCUCGCUGCGCUUCCAGGUCCUGAUCUGCCUGGCGUACACCACCAUCUUCCUGGUGUCGAUCGUCGGCAAUACGGCGGUCUUCCUGGUGGUGCACCUGCAGCCGCGCAUGAACACCGUCACGAACCUGCUGAUCGCGAACCUCGCCACUGGCGACAUCCUCAUGACCAUCUUCUGCAUUCCGUUCUCGUUCAUCUCGAUCUUCGUGCUGCAGUACUGGCCGUUCGGCGCGCUGAUCUGCCGGAUCGUCAACUACUCGCAGGCGAUCUCGGUACUGAUCUCCGCGUACACGAUGAUCGCGAUCAGCGCCGAUCGGUACCUGGCGAUCAUGUGGCCGUUGAAGCCGCGGCUCACCAAGCGGACCACCAAGAUCUUGAUCGCGCUCGUUUGGAGCGGUGCCCUGCUGACCGCAGCCCCGAUUCCACUGUUCUCAUCCCUAGUUCAACCGAUCGACUACUACGACCAGUGUGACCUGUCGAUCUGCACCGAGGUGUGGCCCGAUCCGGACUCCGACCACAGCUACUCCGUCACCCUGAUGACGCUUCAGUUCGUCCUGCCCCUCGUGGUCCUCAUCUUCACGUACGUCCGGAUUGCGCUCAAGGUCUGGGCGAAAGCCCCACCCGGCGAGUCCGUCAAGCAGCGCGACCUCCGCCUUCUCCAAUCCAAACGCAAGAUGAUCAAGAUGAUGAUCACCGUCGUGGCGGUCUUCACCGGCUGCUGGCUGCCGUUCAACGUGUUCAUGCUGGUGCCCCACCUGGAUCCGGAGUGGCCCCCACUACCCUACCUGUGGUUCCUGUUUCACUGGCUCGCGAUGUCCCACAGCUGCUACAACCCGAUCAUCUACUGCUACAUGAACGAAAAGUUCCGGCAGGGAUUCAAACUGUUGGUUCGGACGGGGAAGGCGAGGCUGGGUGCGGUGGUGGGGGGAGGUGCGAGGCUGAGGGACAACCGGAAGCGAAGUGAUGUUAGCACCAGCACCGAGUUGAGUCAUCUGUACCCGAGCACGAUGAUAAGUACGAUCGGGGGGAGUCGGGAGUGGGGCGGUAAGGCGUGGGUGUGA